GUUUACUUUAUUGAAGCUUUUGGUGAUGAUGCAUCCAAAAAACAUCAAACGGUUUCCAGAUUUCGUGGCAAUAUAAGCUCACAGCUUCACCUGUCUUGGACACAUAAUGGAUGUCUACAUUUAUUAAAGAGCAUAGGCAUAUCACAAACGCAUGUACUUGAAAAUCAUAAGAUAGGACAUAAAAAGCUUUCUUGAAAGACAAAAAACAACAACAACAACGACAGCAUGCCUUGCAGAAAGUACUUUAGGUAUUUGCAUCCACACGAGUACCUCGUGACAAUGCAAACUUUUGUCAAAAGAUCUUUGAAUUUGCUUUGCUAAUGAACAUACAUGUAUACCCAUAAAUACUUGAGGCCUCAUCAUUCAUGGUUUAUACUUUUGAGUGACAACAACAACAACAUUAUCCGGAGGAUAAUGCUCUUGGCCCACAGACUGUCUUCAUGCAAAUUUCACAGUUACGCUAGAUACCUAGACAUGUAUAUGUACAGUGCAUGCAGCUCAAAACAGCUGUCCAAAAAAUGCGUGUGUGCAAUUUGUACCUCUGCAUCUGAGUGUGCGUGUAUCUCUGACAUAUCUGAUUAGUAUACAUGUAUGGGCCAGCUUUAUACCUCUUUCACAAUGGUGAUAUAUAUACGUGUGAUAUAUUCAGGCUUUCUGACCUUGUUUGAAAGUAAGAAUUGUUUUGUAUUUUGCACAUGUUAAUGAGGUCAGAAAUAGAGGAUAUUACAUGGCUGCGCGGGGAUACGAAGUUUAUCUUCGAGUGCUAAGUAUCUCUCACGAGUGAGCGAAGCGAACGAGUGAGAGAUACUUUCAGCACGAGAAGAUAAAAUUCGUAUCUCCAAGCGGCCAUGUAAUGUUCUGUUUAUUUUGUAGAUACUGAUGAAAUUCCUACAUAAAACACGACUUUUUGAAACUAUUGUAAUUCUUUUAAUUGGCUAAUCAUAUUAGUAACCAUGGCGACACCAAUAUCCUCAUACGUGAAAGAUAAAAAUAGUAUCUUCACUGCACGUGAUGAAGAUAUGAUUUAUUAGUAAAAGGAAAAAUCCUGGUAUUUCAUCAGUAUCUAUAUAAUAAUACAUAUUUAAUAGGCGACCAGAUUGUAAAAUACGUCUAUUGUCUACAUAUUGCUCUAUUUUGUGAAAGGUUUGAACCCAGGAGUCAUUUCAUAAGUAGGCUGAGUAUGAUUGUCUGGGUGAACGUAGUCCUGAAUGUUGACAGUGACUGAUGUUUCGACAACCUGUGCAGUAUUCAUCUUCUGAGUGACUCUGAAGAUGAAUACUACAGAUUGUUGAAACGCCAGUGACUGUCAAUAACAACAGUCCUAUUCAGGACUCGAACGUUCACCUGGAAAUUCAUGCAUAAACUUUUGUUUCUAUUUUGUUGUUAGUUUUUGUGGACUUUAUUGUAAGUCAUUGGAUCUUAAACAGUGGGCAUUAAUUGAGGAACUGUAUACAAGUAAACAUACGUUUAUCUUCCUACAGUGUAACUCAAACAUUUGAACAAGCAUCCACAUCAUUGGCACUAAAUGAAUCUUUGGCUAAAUGUUUUCCAUCCAUUAUUAGUUUGAGCAUCUUGAGGAAGGAUGAACAUGUACAUAUACCAGCAUGCAAAGAAAGAUGUGUCUGGUAGCCCGGGGCUAGUGGAUUUUGCAAUUGGGCUAGUGAUUUGUGUUCUUAACUUGCCAGCAGGGCAAGUGCAGUUUUUUAGGAAAUUCAAAUUACAGUGAAGAACUGUAAUCAAUGCUGCUCAUUAAAUUUUUUGAGGGGCUACUUAAAAGACUCUUGGGCUAGUACAUACUAGCAACAACUUGCAUGCCUGAAUGGCAAGCCAUAAAUUAAACCGACUUUCUUUGCACCCUGGUGUACAGAAAGGAAACCUAUUGCUCCACCUAGACCGAUUUAUACAAGAAAUGCUGAUGACAUAAAUUUAUAAAGCACAAACAAGGGUCAGUCAUUUGGCUACAGUGUAGUUAGCUAAGAACUGUGGCUAUGCCAUUUCGACUUAUACAUGUAACGUUCACAGAAAAUAUUUCCCAAACAGUGGAUAGAGCCAGCGAUGUUUGUUACGAUGUUUGUAAACUUUCCAUCAUGGAUACCCAACAUUUUGCAUCUGACAAAACGUGAAUUAUAUUUAUUUAAACAAUAAUUGCUGACACAAUCUAACUUGAUUGUACAUGUAAAUUAUUUUAUUUACAGUGGCAAGUUACUUCAUGUCAGAGUUAACAUAGAAUGUUUUUUGAAUAUUACGAAGGAUGUCUCAUUUUAAAAUAAAGACUGUCUCUGCUAGUGUGGUUUUGUAUCUGUCAGGCCAAAUCACAUGAAAAAUGUCACCAUUAAUUUUUUACAUUUUCUGCUCCUAGUAAAAUCAAGAUUGACUUGUACAAUAUUAAUAAUAACUAGGAUAACAGUGCAGCCUGGCAACUCCAAAAAUGAAAUUUCUUUGCAACUUACUGUUUUGGUAUUUUUAUUUAUUUUGAUUGCUUGACUGACAAGCAAUAGAAAAAAGUGGUAACAAUUUCAUGCUUAUCUACAUUUUUUUGUAAAUAUGAACGCUUUUAUAGUAAUUAACUAAUAUUUCGUUCUUAGGUUUUACAGUAUCCUUCUUAUAAUUUACUGUGGUUUAAUCAUACUCUACAAGUAUCUUUCUCUUUUGUUGUGUAUUGUACUUGCUCGUAAUCAAAAAUAGUAAGAUUUUUGCUACAAAUAAUUUGAGAGCAAUGUUCUACGAGAGACUUUCAUUAUAGUACCGUAUGUUCUUAGUGAGAUUCUCACAACAGGAAGAUUAAAGGGGUUAUGCCACGCUAUUUUCUAACUUCCAAAAAUAAUGGUCCAGUUUUGUUAUGCACAGCUAUUACAUUAAAUAUAAAUUAGGCGUUGAAACAAUAUCCUAUCUACCUUUGUCACGCAACGGCCAUUUUGUCCCAGGAGAUUUAAAAAGCUUUGUUUUUGCACAGUUAGCCUAGCUGGCAGUGAGAAUGAGGCUAGCUGUGCAAAUACAAAGCUUUUUUAAUCUCUUGGAACAAAAUGGCUGCUUGGUGACAAGGGUCUAUUGUCUGUAGCUACGAAUGGCAAGGAUGGAUGUUGAUUAAAACUUGAAAAAGUUGUGCCACCCUUUUCAAGUUUCAAAGCAGGCUUUGUGCCUGCAAAAAUUACAAUCAUAAAAAUUGUUACAGUUAGCGCUCCAUGGUCAAAAUUUUGCUUGGUUAUCUUCUUUAAAACGGGUACAAGUAUUUGUUUUAUGGGUUAAGGGACUAAGUUCUGAUGUAUAUGUAAGCUAUCCAUGAACAUGCUAUGGUACAACUAGGCAUCAUAAUAUUAUUGCAAAUAGAAGGUAUAGUGUCCAAUAGCUCUGAACUGGUGGAUUUUGCUAUUGCGUUAGUGGAUUUCAUUCUUAACUUGCCCACUGUACAGGACAGUGCAGUUUUUUAAGGGAUUAAAAUUACAGUCUUAGAACUGUGUAAUCAUUGCAGUUACCUCAUCAAAAAGUAUUUGGGGCUAGUUAAAAUGACCUUUGGGCUAAUGCUCAAACGAAAAGCUGUAAAACUGACUUUCUUUGCACCCUGCUGAUGUUAAUUCCCAGUAGACUUCACAGUUCCCUAUUAUUCCAUAAAUACUGUAACUCCCAUUCAUGUAGGGUGCGAAUGUACCAAGGGGGGAGGGAGUGCGAUCCAAGUUCACAGAAGUUAAAGUGGAAGGAAUUUCUUCACACCUCCUGGAUGUGAGCUACAGUGAUGUGAGGACAGUCCCCCUAUUCCCCCCAAAUCACUGAUCCUAUACUGCCUCCCCCACUCCCAACCCCCAGUCCCAGGGUAGAAUUGAUACUCAUCCCUGGGUUACACUCAGACCAUGGGUAAAUUAAAGAUAAAAGAAAGGAGGAAAAAGAGUGAUUAUCUAAUGUGUUUAUGUAAAGUAUAAAAGUACAGAGGAAGUGGCAAAUUAACUGGGUUGAUUAAGCUGUUGCUGCCAAUCUCACUUGCUGCCUCAUUUAUAUACCCUGUGUGCCUCCAUAAGGCCUUAAAAACUGUCCAUUUCACUACUCUAUUUUAGACAAGAGACUCUCCAACCCAUAUUUAGGCUAUUGAAUCCCCCCUCACACACACAUGUACAUGUACACUGAUUGAAAUCUCCCACAUUUUACAGCCUGUUCAGGGCAGCACCCUGUUUGAGAGGCUAAUGGCAAAAUUGUGUACUCAGUUUGAAGACUCUCAACCCCCCCAAACCCAUACCAUGUUCAGUGCUGUUACCCAUUAAGGCCAAAUAUGGGGUUGCUUUCCCCUGGGCUGCAAAGACAGUAUAACUCUUCAUUACUUCUUGUUUUUGCCUUAGGUGUCCUUGUCGCCACUGGAGAUGUCAUCACCCAGCAAUUUGCUGAGCAAAGAGGCACAAAUCAUGACUUCAGAAGAACAGCUCGUAUGGGCGUGGUUGGACUAGUUAUUGGCCCUGUGCUAAGAUCAUGGUAUCUUACACUGGAAAGGAUUAUCCCUGGGACUGCCAAAACUGCCGGCUUUAAAAAGAUGCUGUUAGAUCAGAGUCUCUUUGCUCCUGUUAUGAUAUGCUUCUUUUUCAGUGUGUCAGAGACACUUGCUGGAAAACAACCACAUGAAACUAAAGUAAUGCUCCACGAACGCUACGUACAGACACUGAUCACAAAUUAUAAGAUUUGGCCCCUGGCACAGACUCUGAAUUUUACGUUUGUUCCUAUUCAGCACCGUGUUGGCUUUGUUCAAAUUGUAGCAAUAUUUUGGAAUGCAUACCUGUCAUGGAUGGCUAACAAGCCGUCACCUGAUGCUGCAGCCUUAACUGUUAAGGAUUCUUUGGAGCUGGUUCAGUGA